CUAUUCCAAUAAUUUUCAAAGCUUUUAUUGAUUUUUAAUGGGUAUGAUCUUUUUUUUGAUGUAGCUGUCGGUAGCUAAGUGAUGGCCUUGUAUCAACGUGAUUUGAAACAGGGAAACACAUCAAUCUAUUCCUCUGAUUCACUCAUUGCAUUGUACUGCCACUUGCUUCUUUUAUUUAAGAAUAUACUUUUGAUAUCUCUCCCUGUGAGAAUAUAGUAAAUCUACUUUACUGUAUCUAAUGAUAGGAUAGUAUUCCAUAAUAUGGAUAUAAAUGUAUUUGCCAAGUUCCCUACUGUUUAAAUGUUUCCAGUGUUUUACUAUUACACAUAAUAUCGCUAAAACAUUUUCUUACAUCUUUGUCUGUUUCAGUAAAUACUGUUGUAAGAUAGACUUAUAGAUGAGGAAUUGUCGGUUCAAAAUAGAUGUGCCAAUCAACAAUUUGCCCACUUAUAAGUAACACUACACACAUCCUGUGAGCACGUGCACUGACAUACACAUUAUCACUUGAAAAUAUAAAUACAGAUGCAAACACAGGUGAGCACUACAUUAAUUCUAAAAUUCAUUUGAGAAUUUGGCACCAUGAAGGUAUAUAGCCACAUACCCUCAGGUAGGCAAGACAGGGGAAUGGCAGAGGUACCUUGGUAGAAAGUGAAGGAGAAGAAGAAAGGCUGGUGGUCCAGAGAAGUCAGUGUUUCCUUGCAUGGAGUGAGUGCCUGCCUAUCAGAUUUUGAAACAACUUCUUAAUUGUCGUCUUUGUUUCAUUAUGGUCCUCCUAAGCAUAUUUUGCGUUUUUCUAAGUUAAAGAUCAUAGCUUCAUGACAUAAUCUUUGGACUGGUUUUCCCCACUUAUAUGAGAAGAACUAAUGAUGCCCCAUGGAGCAUACCUUUUCAGGACUCAAGAAAUCUAAAAAAAAAGAAAAGAAAAAUGAGUCAGAACUUCUGCCUGUGAGUCUGAGUCAGCUUAGUUUGUUAAAAAAAAAUAAAAAAGAAAAGAAAAAAAAAAAAAGCCGUGUGAGAAGACCUGCCUGGAAAAACUGCUGAAUGGAAAGACUUGAGAGCAGCUUAUAGAUAUUGAUGGCAGAUGAAGAAUUUUCAUGUCUUUUCAGAAAUGGUUAACAGCCACUCAUAACAGUCCUGUGACGUCACAGAAAUCUUGACUCCUGCUUGUCCUUCUCAUUCUCCUUUAAGCCCUUCCCUCCUCCUUUUCAUAUAGGACCUUAGCACAAGAGGGUCAGGAAGAGAAGAGAAGGGCUGCUCACAGGAGGACAGAAGCCAAGGUGUAGCUGUUAUUCUACCUGGCGGGCCAUGUUUCGCCACAAAUCAGGUGGUCUCUUUGGAGGAGAUGGCACUCGGUAAGGGAGGCUUCUUGAGCGCUUGACUACCGCUAGCAACUCAGAAUGUGGGACCGCUGGAAGGAAAAACACCCCUGGAUGGGGCGAAGGAAAGCAAUCUCCCGGGCAGGCCUCCAGCAUCUGGCUCCUGCACAUCCCCUCAGCCUUCCUGUGGCAAAUGGUCCAGCCAAGGAGCCCAGAGCGACUUUGGACUGGAGUGAGAAUGCCGUGAAUGGAGAACACCUGUGGCUGGAGACCAACGUCUCGGGAGACCUCUGCUACCUGGGAGAGGAGAACUGCCAAGUCAGAUUUGCAAAAUCAGCUCUCAGGAGGAAGUGUGCAGUCUGUAAAAUCGUCGUCCACACCGCCUGCAUUGAGCAGCUAGAAAAGAUUAAUUUCAGAUGUAAACCAACAUUUCGAGAAGGAGGCUCAAGGUCGCCAAGAGAAAAUUUUGUGCGUCAUCACUGGGUACACAGGCGUCGGCAGGAGGGGAAAUGUAAGCAGUGUGGUAAGGGCUUCCAGCAAAAGUUCUCCUUCCACAGUAAAGAGAUUGUGGCUAUCAGCUGUUCCUGGUGCAAGCAGGCGUUUCACAAUAAGGUGACCUGCUUCAUGCUGCAUCACAUUGAGGAACCCUGCUCCCUGGGGGCUCAUGCUGCUGUUAUUGUCCCGCCCACUUGGAUCAUUAAGGUGAAGAAACCUCAGGUGAUCUCCAUACGAGGAGAUGAACUUGAACUUGGUUGGGCGGGAGACGAACCUGGUUGGGCGGGAGACUGGAGCCCCUCAGAGAAUUUGGGAUUCUUCCAUUUUUACUGGGAGGGUUGGCAGAACUCCCUGAAGGCUUCAAAUCGAAAGAAGAAGAGAACAAGCUUUAAAAGAAAAGCCAGUAAAAGAGGGAUGGAACAGGAAAACAAAGGUCGUCCUUUUGUGAUAAAACCCAUCUCUUCUCCUCUCAUGAAACCCUUGCUUGUAUUUGUGAAUCCCAAGAGUGGAGGCAACCAGGGAACCAAAGUCCUGCAGAUGUUUAUGUGGUACCUGAAUCCACGGCAAGUCUUUGAUCUCUCUCAGGAAGGGCCAAAAGAUGCGCUUGAAUUGUAUAGGAAAGUCCCAAAUCUGCGAAUUCUGGCCUGUGGUGGGGAUGGAACGGUUGGCUGGAUCCUUUCCAUCCUGGAUGAACUACAGCUGAGCCCUCAGCCUCCUGUGGGGGUCCUUCCUCUGGGGACCGGGAAUGACCUGGCUCGAACUCUCAACUGGGGAGGGGGCUACACUGAUGAACCUGUUUCCAAGAUCUUAUGCCAAGUGGAAGACGGGACAAUUGUACAGCUAGAUCGCUGGAACCUCCACGUGGAAAGAAAUCCUGACUUGCCUCCAGAAGAACUUGAAGAUGGCGUAUGUAAGCUCCCUCUGAAUGUUUUCAAUAACUACUUCAGCCUUGGAUUUGAUGCUCACGUCACACUGGAGUUCCAUGAAUCCAGAGAAGCAAAUCCAGAGAAAUUCAACAGUCGUUUUCGAAAUAAAAUGUUCUAUGCAGGGGCAGCUUUUUCUGACUUCCUACAGAGAAGUUCUAGAGAUCUAUCCAAACAUGUUAAAGUUGUCUGUGAUGGAACAGAUCUCACCCCAAAGAUUCAGGAACUGAAGUUCCAGUGUAUAGUAUUUUUAAAUAUACCCAGAUAUUGUGCUGGCACAAUGCCCUGGGGAAACCCAGGAGAUCACCACGAUUUCGAACCUCAGCGUCAUGAUGAUGGCUAUAUUGAAGUCAUUGGAUUUACCAUGGCCUCUUUGGCAGCCCUGCAAGUCGGGGGCCACGGAGAGAGGCUACACCAGUGUCGAGAAGUCAUGCUUCUAACUUACAAAUCCAUCCCCAUGCAAGUGGAUGGGGAGCCCUGUAGGUUGGCCCCAGCUAUGAUUCGGAUCUCUCUGAGGAAUCAGGCCAACAUGGUACAGAAGAGCAAGAGGAGAACAUCCAUGCCUUUACUCAAUGAUAUUCAUCAGGUGCAAACUGCGGACCUGCGGCGAGUGUCUGCUCCCCCUGGCUCCUUCACCAUUCCCCAGUCUGUCCCAGAUCGUCUGAGGAUCCGGGUGAACAAAAUCGGUUUACAAGACUAUGAAGGAUUCCACUAUGACAAAGAGAAACUCCGGGAAGCUUCGAUACCUCUGGGUAUUCUAGUUGUGCGUGGAGACUGUGAUUUGGAGACGUGCCGAAUGUACAUAGACCGCCUACAGGAGGACCUACAGUCAGUUUCUUCUGGCUCCCAGAGAGUUCAUUACCAGGACCAUGAAACCUCCUUCCCCAGGGCUCUCUCAGCACAGAGGCUCUCCCCUCGGUGGUGCUUCCUAGAUGCAACUUCUGCUGAUCGCUUUUAUCGAAUAGACAGAUCUCAGGAACAUUUGCACUUUGUGAUGGAGAUUUCCCAAGAUGAGAUUUUUAUUCUGGACCCAGAUAUGGUGGUGUCACAGCCAGCGGGGACACCUCCAGGCAUGCCUGACCUGGUGGUGGAGCAAGCCUCGGGGAUCUCAGACUGGUGGAAUCCUGCCCUGCGGAAACGCAUGCUGAGUGACAGCGGGCUGGGGAUGAUAGCUCCCUAUUAUGAGGACUCAGAUCUGAAAGAUCUCAGCCACUCCCGCGUGCUACAGUCACCAGUCUCUUCAGAAGAUUAUGCAAUUUUGCAGGCAGUAAUAGCUGGUGAUCUUAUGAAGCUAAUAGAAAGCUAUAAAAAUGGAGGCAGUCUGCUAAUUCAGGGACCAGACCACUGUUCACUCCUUCACCACGCAGCUAAAACCGGCAACGGGGAGAUUGUGAAAUAUAUCCUUGACCACGGUCCUUCUGAGUUAUUGGAUAUGGCAGACAGUGAAACGGGUGAGACUGCACUGCACAAGGCUGCCUGCCAGCGGAACCGGGCUGUGUGCCAGCUUCUGGUGGAUGCAGGAGCAUCUCUGAGAAAGACGGACUCCAAGGGUAAGACACCUCAAGAGAGAGCACAGCAGGCUGGGGACCCAGAGUUGGCUGCUUACCUAGAAAGCCGUCAGAACUAUAAGAUCAUUGGCCAUGAGGACCUGGAAACUGCUGUUUGACCCUGGUAUUUGGGCAAAGAGAACGUGAGCAAGCGUAUCACAUCUGCCCUCCCUGCGAUCGGGCAGCUACCCUGGAAGAAGCUGAUGGAAUUCAUAUAUCUGUCUCUCUCCUGCAAGGAUCUACCUGAGACCAUGCCACUAGUUUUUAAGGGCUACCAAGAUGUACAACAGAACAUGAUAGCCCAUUGAGAAGGAGGCAGGAUACCUGGAGAUUUGUGGAAUACAGUGCGAGUUCCACAAAAUUUGAUCCUUAUUGCUUCCAGCAAGUAGCAUGAACUUCUGUGUUUACCUGUAUAAUUUAUUUUAAAGAUUCAAAGGAUGUUUGUAUAAAUGGCACUGCUCCCUCCUCCCCCUAUGCAUUGAUUUUUUUUCCCCUGUACCAUACAAUUCUACUGUAACUACCUAUCAACUUAAAAAAUAUAUUAUCUCUUCUCUUUACAUUCAAUCUUGGAAGACCACAAGAUUGUCUGAAGGCCUUCUAAAAUCCUCUGAAUGUCCUGCAGAAAUACAACUGUAAAACCACUUCAAUUUCCAAGACUAAAUAUGUCAAGACUAUUUAGUGACUCUGCAUGUCCUCCCCCCCCCCCCCACCCCCCCGUUUCAUUAUAUAGGAGCUGGGAAGUGCCACGUGGAUAAUGUCAACUUGUGUGCUGUAUCUCUGAGGAAUGGUGAGGUGGCAUGGGAGAUGUCUGUGCUUGGAGGUACCUCAGAGAGGUAACCCAGGGGUCAGCCCAGGCUGCUGGGCUGUAGCCAAUAGCCAUGCAGGACUGGUUCAGCUUGGGCUGUCUGUACAGCUCCGUACUGCCUAUGUGUAGCCAUCUUUGCCUUUUGCUGCAAUAGAAGAUGAGCAAAGGAUUAAACAGAGGUCCACAGCUAGUCUGCAGAACCAUUCAAUUUUAAGCGCUGUUUAAAUUGCCCAGGAGAAAGUCAUGUGUGGGAACUGUGGUUCCGGGAAAUGGAGCACUCUAACAAUGCUUCCAAGCUUUGUUGAGUGAUAAUAGAAAGCAGCCUAAUUGACUUGGAAAAAAAAAAAAAAAAACAGCAAAAGCAAAAGUAGCAACAUAUGUCAACAUAUGUCACUGAAGUAGAGAAGAGCCAUUGGAAUGUUGCACAGAGGCUAACAACUAUAGACUGUUGGAUACAGUGGUGAGAGGGACCCCAUUUUAGGUUUUUCAUUUAGGUUUUUGGUUUUCAUUACUCCAAGGAAUUCUUGACUCUAGGACAAAAGCUCGUUGUAUGAGUUCCAAUGCCAGAUUUAUGGAAUGCCCGGAUAAUUCAGAAGGAUACUUCAACUAUUAUUUGUCAGGCCCAAAGGUUGUACUUGAUAACCCCAUUUUCUAUGUAUGGGGUUCUCUAAUAUUAAUUAUUUUACCUACUUUAUUUUCCCCUUUCAGAAAGUCCUUAGUGCAAACCACUGUGGGAAUCUAGCCAGAAAUGUCUUUCAGAUAGUUAGAACUACAACAUCUAAACCUGCCACAGAUCGAAUGGUACUUACAGGUACUUCUAUUAGGGACUCCGUGAUACCUAAAAUAUCAGAAGAAAAUGUCUGUCUAACUUUCUGUCCAAAUAUCUACUUGACUUGGGGGUAAGUCAAAAAUAAAAGUGGGUGUCCAAGGGUUCUGCUUUGGUGAAAUCUGAUGUCUCCUGAGCUUAUUUCCAUUUUGUCCUUGGACACAGCAAAGUGCUUCCCUACUGUUUCUGCAUUUGAUGAUGAAUGAUGGUGUCUCUACAUUUAAUUUAAAGGUCUAAUGGUGACAUUUUGCUUAUCUGAGUCACAUUUCAGUCACAUAUCAUCAUUUUGAAAGUACGGCUAUGAUGUACCAUGUUAAAUAGGAACAGCCUUUCAGUGGAUGGGGAUUCUAUUACCGUAGUCUCUCCGUAGUCAUUUCAAAAUCAGAUUGUUGGUGGGAAGAUGGAUUGGGUGGUGAAUGAUCUACGUCCAUUUAUCAGCCUCAGAAAUGGAACUAUCUUUUGGAUAUUACAGGAGGGACUGCAGCAGAUUGUUUCCAGAAGCCACAAAAAUAUACUCCAGGAUAAUUUAAUCACUGGACUUCUGCUGGGAGAUUUUUAGUUGGUGGAACUGUCAAGGAAAUGUGAUGACAGAAAUAUGAUCCUUAAGACAGACUGGAACCUGGCUUUGAAUGGCAUCUUCCAUUCCCUGGAUUGAGCCAAACAUUUGGCCAAGCAGUCAGUUACCUAGUUAUUACUGCUGGGAUGAAGAACUCUGUUUUCCUCAACUGCCGUCUCACAUUUCUCUGUGAAUGCUUCCAAGUAGCCCAGAGAAAAUUUAGGGUAUAGGUGGCAAUGGGCCAAUUUAAAUAGCUCCAAUUGAGGACAUAAAUCUGUGGCAUGAAAAAUGAUGAGUUAGUACUAUAAGAUCUCUGAUGCAUCUGGAAAUUGUUU